AUGAGCUUUUGUAACAGCGCCCGGCGAUGCAGCAACCCGGCCGAGACUGUGCAAGACCCUGAUAUGAAUGGAAUUGGGGUCAUAUUAUCCUUUGUCAUCACGGCGGCUAUAUCAGUGUUUGUAGCCAUAAUGGCUGUGGUGAAGCGUGGGAUACCCAAACAACAAUACAUGCGUGUCGAUGAAAAAGUUCUCUACUGGAUCGGUGUCAGGAAACCGGCCAGCGAUGCGCCCAGCAAUCUUGGAUACCAAUCCCUUCUCCUCGCGUUGAGCGAUCAGAUGUUGGCUAUUGGUCUUUGUUAUCUCAUCGCCAUGUAUGCCCAGGUUUGCAAGGUCUCCUUAUACUCUUUCUAUAUCGGGGCCCAGCUGGGAUAUUUAUCGUCCAGUGUUCAUUUGUGCACCCUUCUGGUUCUCAAGUCAUAUUUCAAAAAGCAUCCUAAGCAGGCCAUCUUGAGAGGUGCUCUGAUGAUGUUGUUCAUGGGGCUUCUUGCAGCGACUCUUACACUCGAGUUCAUUACGCUGUCUGAGCCACGCGAUAGAUUGUUCAUUUGUGGACUACAUAAUCCCACACGGCCUCGUUUGGCGCUGUUGGUGCCUAGGUCUUUUGGAGUAGCUGUGUUAUUGAUAUUUGUCUAUUGGAACGCAUUCAGGUCAAUCAAACUGGACGUCUCACUUAGUUACAGCGUCGAGAACAGAGCGUUGAACGAUAUAGUACUGCGGUGGAUCUACUCGGGCCACCAAGGGCAGGCAGAUCUCCAGAACUACUUCGAACGUAGGGGGGACAAGAUUCAGCGUGACAACCGAAAGAGUGCCACAAUAUUAGAGCACCAAGCCAAGUUUUGGAAAGCCUUGAGCAUCGUUGUACCGCCAGUCGCCGGGGAAAUGUUUGGCUCGGUUCUAUCCGAACUCCUGAUUGCCAUCUGUUCGUUUUGCGUAGCCAUAUACACGUUGGUCGUUGGUCUCUUUUACCAAGGUGUCGAUACCCAAGAGCUUCUCACUGCAAGCUUUGGUCAGAUUUUGCCCAUGCUCCUACUAAUCGUUAUCGCCUUGACUGCUAUGGAGGUCGGCACUGUCAAGAACUUUCGGGGAAUAGAGAUCGAAAAGGAGAUAAAGAAACAUCCUGCAUCGAUACAUGCUCCUCCAGUACUCGAGGGCUCUGCUGCCUCGUCGAGCCGAGCCAUAUCCCAGGGGACACAAAGGAAUUUGACAAACAUUGCAGAAGGGGUUCCACCAAAGACUUACGGAAACUCUUUGAUGCCCAUGGCUUCAGCAUCGUACAGCCAGCCAGACCUCUCAGACAAUGCCGGUUUUGGCUCAAGGGUCGAUUCAAUGACCCGGUGGAUGACCCCACGAAGGACAAAUACACUUGAGAUUGAAGAAGGUCAAACAUUUCUCUUCCCUUCUCAAGAGUCAACAGCAGAUGUUCUUGACGUAGCUCUCACGAAUGCUAAAGCGGCUACAUAUACUGCCAUCUGUGUCAUCCUUUUCUUCGUCGCUGGGUUUAUUGUGCUGGUCUUUUUCUUCUAUGAGUUUGCUGUGCCAGCUGCGGCUGGCUUAGUCUUUAUUGGUUUUAUUAUCGAUCUUUUUUGGUCAAUACGAGGGGUCAACAAGGUCAAACGAGAGAGAAUUGAGAAGGAAACACGAAUAUGA